UUCGCCAUUCGUUUCAGUUUCUUCUACAAGUCUUCUGCGAGUAUUCUCCAAGUCACUUCGUCAACGGCCGGGUUGUCUCACAGCAAGCUCAGUUCGCCUCUGUUAUAACUUGCGAUGGCCUCAUCACAAGUGUCACGUAGCGAAAGAUGCCCCGUCGAAGGUUGCUCGAUGUUGGGAUCGGUUCGUUGGCUAUUUGAUCACAUUCGACACAUUCAUAGUCCUGAGGAUUGGUCACGUGAUCAUAUCACUCGCUACAACUUGGUCCAAUGUCCGAUGUGUUCUCACUGGUUUAUUAGACUAAACCAGCAUUUACCCAAAUGUAAGUCUCGCUCGACGACCGUCUCCAGUUCUAGCCAGGGUUCAUUACAUCAAUCUACUUCGAGUUCGGUGUCUCAUAUCAGCGAACAUCCGGGCACUCUGACAGGUCACCGUGACGUCACUCCUGUACCUACCAUCCCGGAUGUUCCUACUUCUUGCGGUCCAAACACAUCCAGUCAACCUUGUCGCCCUAUGGAUCGUGAAUCUAUCGGCUGGAGCUUCAUCCAAUCAAUAUCUACGGAGGAAUUGUUGAAGAGCCUACCACCUAGAACAGUCCAAAGCAUCCCAUCCAAGCUGAAGUCUCUUUUUCAAGACUGCUGUUCUAUCCCACUUAGUCAACUUGCCUUAGAUUCAUCAGAUGUCAAAGCUUGGAAAUUGUUACUUCUUAUUCCCAAGAUGAUUCUUACUCCACUUGGCAGAUCUGGUAAAUCCCAUACAAGUGGUAUCAAAGCAAGGUACAAACUUUUUCUGGAAUAUCGAUGGGAAGAAUUACUCCAGAUUUGGCAACUAUCGUCUGAGACAGUUAAUGUUAAGCAGGUAAACAAUCAACGUCAUGCCCGGCAAUCAGCCAUUCGUCUUGUGAAAAGUGGCGAGUUGUCAAGAGCUGCUCGAAUAUUAACCAGCAAAGGCCUGGCACCUGCUAGUGAUGAAACAGUGGCCAAACUAUCUCUCAAACACCCUACACGAGAUCCCAACACCCCUGUUCCACACUCUGAUACCUGCAAUUCAAUGGCUUUGCCAGCUUCAGUCAUUAUCAACGUCAUUAAAAAGUCCCCUCGAGGUUCUGGAGCAGGCCCUUCGGGCUGGAAGUUUGAACACCUCCGAAAUCUUCUAGAUAACGCUGUGACCCAGGACGCCUUAGUCAGAGUUCUCUCAUCCAUUGCUGAAGGAAAUCUUCCAAACCUUGUCACUACCUGGCUGUCUGCUUCCCGAUUGAUUGCCUUGCCCAAAAGCAGUGGUGAUGUUCGACCUAUAGCCAUUGGCGAGGUUCUCCGCCGAGUCUCAGCUAAGGCUAUCUGUCAUCACUUGAAAUCUGAGUUCUCUGCCUACUUUGCUCCCUUGCAGCAUGGGGUUUCAACUCCUGGUGGCUCUGAGUUGGUAACACACCAUAUUCAAUUACUUCUGGAAAGCAGACCGGAUUGGGUGUUCGUUAAAACUGACAUAAAGAAUGCCUUUAACACCAUCAAGAGGUCUUCUUUGCACAAGGAAGUUUUAUCAAAAUUUCCAGCCAUCUUGGCCCAUUUUGAGCAAAUGUAUGGAAAUUCCAGCCCUCUCGUGUAUGUCAAGGGAAAGGAAACGGUGAUCAUAUCUUCUGAAGAAGGUGUGCACCAAGGUGACCCCCUGGGGCCUGUCCUAUUUGCCUUAGGAAUUCACCCUACAAUCACCAAAAUUCAAGCUGACUACCCGGAAAUAGUAGUCUUAGCCUACCUGGAUGACAUCUUUUUGCUCGGCAAUGAGGGGCCUGUACUUGAUUCCUUUGCUAAUCUGAAGCUUUCAUUGGCUGAAGAAUCUGGUUUACUGAUUGCUGAUCAAAAGUGUCAAAUCUACUCUCCAGGGUCCACUGAAAUUUUGGCUCCUUUUCCCAGAGCCGUGGAAGGAUCUGUGUUACUGGGGACACCCAUUGGGAGAUUCGACUUUGUUGCAUCACAGUGCAUCGAGUUCGCCAAGUCAGGCAGCUUGCUUUGCCAAGAGAUUGUGUCGCUGGAUGACCCUCAGAGCUCCAUGCUCCUUUUGAGGCACUGCCACACAACUCGCAUGAAUCAUUUGACAAGAACAGUUCCUCCUUCCUUACUCAAGUCUGCGGUGUCACCAAUACAUCUGAGGCUCAAUGGUCGCAAGCCAUCCUGCCCAUAA